AUGGCUGAGCUGGAAGUGUGGGCGCAAAUUGUGAACGCUGCGUCUCCCCAGGUGGAGAGUAUUUCGCAACAAAAGCCACCGCAUAUUGUGAUCUGGAAGUGCCUCGCAAGGAAAUGGAACGGCAUUCAAGUUGAAAGUCAGGGCGCGUACUCCAUCGAGCACCUGGAAAGCCUCAACUUGUACUGCAAAACUACCUCACGGCGUCGAGCAGUGUUGGUUUGCCUACUCACCCCAGUUCCAGCCUUGUUGACAGCUCUGUUGGUGGAAUGCUUGCCGUUGCGGCCGCCUUCGGACGGGUGGAGGGCCAAUUAUGUCUUUUGGCUGCGUUUGCUCUCGGUUCAACUGACUCUGGGCUUCAUCGUGAACUCUCAAUUGAUCCGAUUUAUCCCCGGCCUCAACAUUACGAUCCGUAAAAGAAUGGCGAUAGCUGCGGGGGCCAGCACCUUAUUCGUGGGGACGUGCCUUAUCGCUGCCAGCGCGGUUGGGUUCCCAGUGCCGCUCAUGAUGCAAUUUGCGCCGAUUCCCAUUGGGAUAUUUACGUCGCUGAUGAUUUUUCUAGUCUUGGGUUCCGUCCUCUAUGCCAAGGAUUCGCCA